AUGGUGUCCCACAGACUCCAGACAGGCGGUGUGGACGUGCAAGUGAAAAAACGCUGCAGUGGAAAUAACGACAUUUUGGACCGCAACGAAUGGAAGAACUUCUCUGCGAACAAAGCUGUCUACGGUCCGCCGACGAAGGGCACUGCUCCUCUCCUCAGCGCCGACGGCAACACACUCCUGACUGAGAAGACGCAAAUACUACAGCAAUGGGCCGAGCAUUUCCGAGGCGUCCUCAACGGCCCCUCCGUCAUCUCCGACGCCACCAUCGAGCGUUUGCCGCAAGUGGAGACCAACGUGGAUCUCGACCUCUCGCCAUCUCUCCAGGAGACCAUCAGGGCCGUGCAGCAACUCUCCAGCGGCAAAGCACCCGGAUAG